UGUGAUAAUGUAUUAGGCGUACUUACUACACAAAUGUCAUUCCUACAGAUAUAAACGUUAACGAAACUAACCAAAUGUGUAGACAUAGCCUUAUCCGCUAGUUAGCCUAUUUUUUUUAUUACAGCAACAAACAUAUUGUUUCACUCGUCGACGUAGGCUAUUUUUAUCAUGUUGAACGUGAAAGCAAAUGCAACUGUCUUGCAUAAAAACGAUCUAAGAACGAACUAACUCAAGUAACACCCAUAACAGACCACCCACAUACUGAGAAGGGGGACCCGCCAGCAAGGACAGAGAAGACUGAGUUCAGUCAGUGGAGGGCUAGUGGAGGACGCCAUUGAAACCGAGAACUGACAGACUUGAAAUUUGUAGCGAAAGGAUAACUAUGAAAUGGGGAAAAUUCAACAACUAUUUCUACGUUGAAUUAAAGUUGUAGUGCCAAUGAACACAACUUUCGUUGCCAGUUCGUGGGAGAUGACGGUCCUCAACGCUGUUCUAGAGUCCCCUGGUAUGCCCUGUCUCCUCCGGCAGCCCAGCACCUCACCAUGAAUGCUAGCGGGAAUGUCUCCACUGCGGGAAACGCCACAGCUGCGUGGGACGCUGGUGGGGGCCCGGUGGUGCUGGAGUCAGUGUUCAUUGUCACCAUCGCCCUCCUGGCCUGCCUGGGCAACUUCCUCAUCGUGGCCACUCUGUACCGCAGGCCCUACCUCCUCACACCCAGCAACAAGUUUGUGUUCAGCCUGACCCUGUCCAACCUGCUGCUGUCAGUGCUGGUGUUGCCCUUUGUGGCGGUGAGCUCAGCACGGAGGGAGUGGGUGUUUGGUGUGGUGUGGUGCAACUUUACCGCCCUGAUCUACCUGCUCAUCAGCUCGGCCAGUAUGCUCACCCUGGGGGCCAUCGCCAUUGACAGGUACUAUGCUGUACUGUACCCCAUGAUCUACCCCAUGAAGAUCACAGGCAACCGGGCGGUGGUGGCAAUCGCCUAUGUGUGGCUGCACUCCCUGGUGGGCUGCCUGCCACCCCUCUUCGGCUGGUCCUCCUUCGAGUUCGACCGCUUCAAGUGGACAUGCGUGGCGGCCUGGCACCGCACCCCUGCCUACACCGCCUUCUGGGUCACCUGGUGCAGCCUGCCGCCACUGCUCGCCAUGUUGGCCUGCUACGGCGUAAUCUUCCGCGUGGCACGCCUCAAGGCCCGCAAGGUGCAUUGUGGGACGACGGUGGUCGCGUCUUCAGAAGAAACGUCAUCGGGUGCUCAGAGGAACGACCAGCGUAAAAACUCAUCUACGUCCACCUCAUCCAAUGGAAGCCGGUGGAGUUUAGUGUAUGCUGGGAGCCAGUGCAAGGCUUUCGUCACCAUUAUGGUGGUGAUCGGGACCUUCCUGGUGACCUGGGGCCCCUACGUGGGGGUGGUGUGUACAGAGGCCCUGUGGGGUCAGGGCAGCGUGUCCCAGGGCCUGGAGACCCUGGUGGCUUGGCUGUCCUUCUGCAGCGCCGUCUGCCACCCGCUCAUCUACGGCCUGUGGAACAAGACUGUGCGCAAGGAACUGCUGGGCAUGUGCUUCGGGGAUCGCUACUACCGCGUGGAGUCAUUUGCCACACGCCACCGCACGUCACGCCUCUUCAGCAUCUCCAACCGCAUCACAGACCUGGGCAUGUCCCCUCACCUGACGGCCAUGUUGGUGGGAGGAGGGCAGCUCCUGGCCCCCGGCAGCAGCACUGGAGACACCGGCUUCAGUUUCACUCAGGACUCAUGUACAGACGUGAUGCUGCUUGACAACUUCUCCACAGAUGGCUCCUCCCACAUUGGAAGCGUGGCCGUAAAGAGGCGGAGCUCGGUCACCUUUGAAGACGAGCAACAGCAGAAUUCCAAAGCUGCAGAGAGCACCACCAUCCCUUCUACUGUCCAGGUCCAAGUAGAGAUACACAAAUCUCUGGACACCUUCGCCUCCUGCCUGGCCAGGGCCAUCGAAAGCGACGCUAAGCUCACCCUCUUUGGCGAGGACACACCACUAUCUGGGGUGUUGUUUGCGGCUGCGGCGAGGGGGGCACAGAGGCCCCGUUACCUUGACGGUCAGAGACUGAGGCUGGAGAGCAUCGAUGAAGGGAUCGUCAAAGACGACAGAGAAGACCAAGAGAGGGAGAAUGCAUAGAACAAAUAUCCCUUUUCUUCUUUUAGGUACCUAAGAGUUUAUGGUACAUUGGGCAUUGCAUACUAUAUAAUCUUUGAACUCAGUACGCACAGUGUAUAUAUUUAAAAUAGACAUUUAUAACAAUGCAAGGCUUCUGCCAGUUACAGUACAUGCCUCUGUAUCUAUUCUCAUGUGAAUAGAUACUUCACAUUUACAAGUGGGCCCAAUGACCAAUUUUCAUACGUUGAAAUCUUAAAUAGCAAUACAAACAAAGGACAUUUUUGGACCAAAUGCGUGCCAUAUAUUGAGUGCCUUGCUAGUUGUACUAUAUAUACACCUCUGUUAAAUAGGAAGCCUUAACUACUGUAUCUUGACGGUUCAAUGUUUAUUUUCAUUGGAAAGAUUUAGUU